AUGCUCACCCGCAUGGGUCUUGGCCUCGAAACCGUCCAGCUCAUCGGCAGAUGGGGCUCCAAGGCGAUCAAGCGCUGCGUGCAGGAGGAGUCGCACGGCUUCUACUUCGAGGUGCGCAUCGACGCUGUGACCACAGGCAUGCCCGACGGCCUGGCCAUCGGCGUGACCACCGACAUACCGGACGAGGUGCGCGAGGUGCCAGAGAUUCUCGACGGCUUGAAGCAGGCGUGGCUCAUCGGUUUCGAUGGCGUCAUGUACGACAGCGAGGAUUUCAUUGAGCCUCAGCCCUUACGGGACUAA